UCUUAAGCACUCUCCUAACUAACUAAUUUACUCACUAAUCACUUCUUUUUUUGUUUCUUAUAUAGUUAAAUCUCCGGUUCAAAGUCAGAGAACCCUUUUCCUGAGCUUUUGACCCACAACAAUUCUGCUUACUCCUCGUUAUUUCCAAAUUAUUACCUUCAUUUGGUGUCUAUUGUUUUUUUUUAGGGGUUAAACAUUUUGUUUUAUUUUGCUUCGUUUUGUUAUCAUACGAUCUCUUUCAGACAAUGAUCUUGUCACAAAAAGGAUGCAAUCAACGUGAGUUACAGCUUAUUCUUGAGAACAAAUUGAGUGUCGAAAAAAGUAUCUAUUUUUGGAUUUUCCAAACAGUCGAUAGAUUUAGCCUCGGUACUUAGUUAAUUAUUUGCUCUCCCUCGAGACAACUCUCUUGUGUUGCAAGGAACAAGUGUGAAUUAUGCAAAUGGGAAGUUCAUCUUUACCUCCGGGAUUUAGAUUUCAUCCAACUGACGAAGAGCUCAUAGGCUACUACUUGAGUAGAAAAGUAGAAGGCCUUGAGAUUGAGCUCGAAGUCAUUCCUGUUAUCGAGCUUUACAAAUUUGAUCCUUGGGAGUUACCAGAUAAAUCAUUUCUUCCCAAUAGGGAUUUGGAAUGGUUUUUUUUCUGCCCAAAAGACAAAAAGUAUCAAAACGGUUCUCGAACCAAUAGAGCUACAAAGGCGGGUUAUUGGAAAGCAACCGGUAAAGACCGGAAAAUAACUUGUAAAUCCUCGCGUGGUAUAAUUGGAUACCGGAAGACCUUAGUUUUCUAUGAAGGUCGUGCCCCAUUAGGAGACAGAACUAAUUGGUUUAUGCAUGAAUAUCGUUUAUGCGAUGAUGAUCUUUCACAAAAAUCACUAAAUUGCAAGGGACCUUUUGUGAUAUGUCGCGUAACUAAGAAGAAUGAACUCAAGACCAAUUCAAUAAGUUUGAAAAAUAAAAGCGAACAAGAUAUUGGUUCGGGUUACUCUAGCCUAGCAACUUCUCCUUGUCGCGAUGAAGCGUCACAGUUUCAAUCGUUCAAGCCUUCUGCUACUACAAACGACUCUUCUAGCAUUUGGGUUUCUCCUGAUUUCAUCCUUGAUUCGUCUAAGGAUUAUCUUCAGAUUCAGGAGGUUGCUUCCGAGUACUUUCCCAACUACAAUAUUCCGGUCAACAUGGCAAACAGCCACGUGGAAUUUCCGGCGAGCUCUUCUUAUUUUAAUGUGGACCAGUACAUUGAUCAGCAAACAUGGAUAAAUUAUGAAUAUGACCAAACCGCUUCAUUUGUUUACUCAAACCAUUUUUAGGUACGAAGAAAUGUUGGGUCUUUCUUAGGACAAAAACUCCUUUUAACGUCGUUGUCUUGGAAAAAGAACUAGUUGUGAGCGUUUAUCACUAUUUUAUUUUGAAAAAUUAAUUAUCUUAGUUUUUUUUUUUUAAUUGUUGUUUGCUAAUAUAAGGAUUCAGUAUUAUAAAUUUCUUAUUUGUAUUUUUAAUAGGAUUAUGUAACGUUAUUGUACAGUCUUAAUUGUUUUUUUAU